AUGAAUGUGUUAUACUUUUUAUUCUUUAUUCUAGUCACUGCAGAAGUCCCCAAAGUUUAUUCCACUUUCAUUAGUGAAGACGAUUGUGACUCAACCAGUGGAUUCUAUAACAAACCAGCAAAAGGGUUCUCACUUAAGGAAUGGCUAUCGUGGUUUAAGCGCUUUGGAAGAAAUUAUGAUUUUUCUGACUGUGAAUAUUCCAGCUUCCCCUUUAAUAGUUCAGAAUGGGAAACUUGCCAUAGUGAUUCAGAUAUUUGA